AUGCCCUCGGACCUCAAGACGGCCUACUCGCACCUGCUGCCGCACCAAGUCGACCGCGACCCGCUCUCGCCCUCGUCGACCACCUCGCCCUCCGCGUCCCGCACCGCGUCGCCAGCUCCCCUCCCCGCCGACGACCACUUUGCCUACUCGACUCAGCUCAGGCGACACGAGCCAGACUCGAUCGUCGACUUUACCACCACCGCCGCCCAGGGCGCCCUCGGCGACCUCAAGCACCACGUCCAGGCCCGCUUCCACCAGCAUGACCCCGUCCCGCCCACCGCCAGCACCUCGUCCCACGACCGCGACCGCGACCGCGACUACCUCGGCGGCGCAGCCUACUACCCGCCCGCGACCCACGGCAGCACCGGGCCCGGCGGCCACUCGCACCACCCGUUCGCCCACACGACGUCGCCCCUGACCCCGUCGGCCCACUUUGCAACCCAGAGCAUCGCCCAGACCCUGUCGGCCCUCGCCACCUCGUCCUCGGCCGGCCUCGACGCCAACAAGGUGCCCGCCAUCCGCGAGCUGUCGGGCCCCAACGAGUUCGAGGUCGAGGCAAAGGAGCCCACGUGGAAGAAGUUCCUCGGCAAGUUCUACGAGGACCCCUUGAUCCUCCUCUUGCUCGCGAGCGCCGCCGUGAGCGUCGUCGUCGGCAACUACGACGACGCGGCGAGCAUCCUGGCCGCCAUCGUCAUCGUCGUCACGGUCGGUUUCGUCCAAGAGCAGCGCUCGGAAAAGUCGCUCGAGGCGCUCAACAAGCUCGUUCCGCACUACUGCCACCUCAUCCGCAACGGCCGCAAGACGACGCAGCUCGCCAACUUUCUCGUCCCGGGCGACCUCGUCACGUUCCACACGGGCGAUCGCAUCCCGGCCGACAUCCGCCUCACGCAGGCCCACGGCCUCGAGAUCGACGAGUCGGCCCUGACGGGCGAGACCAAGCCGGCGCGCAAGCAGACGGACGCCAUCACCGAGCACGGCGUCGGCGUCGGCGGCUUGCCCAUCGCCGAGCGCAGCAACGUCGCCUUCAUGGGCACGCUCGUCCGCAGCGGCAGGGGCGAGGGCGUCGUUGUCGGGACCGGUGUCCAGAGCGAGUUUGGCGUCGUGUUCAGCAUGAUGCAGGAGGUCGGCGACAAGAAGACGCCGCUCCAGAUCGCCAUGGACGAGCUCGCCAAACGGUUGUCGGCCAUCUCGUUCGGCGUUAUCGGCGUCAUCUGCCUCAUCGGCGUCCUGCAGAAGCGCAGCUGGCUCGAGAUGUUCACCAUCGGCGUGUCGCUCGCCGUCGCCGCCAUCCCCGAGGGCCUGCCCAUCGUCGUCACCGUCACGCUCGCCCUCGGCGUCCUCCGCAUGUCGAAGCGCAGCGCCAUCGUCAAGAAGCUCCCGAGCGUCGAGACGCUCGGCAGCGUGAGCGUCAUCUGCUCGGACAAGACGGGCACGCUCACGACCAACGUCAUGACGGUCACCAAGGCCUACUCGUUCGACCAGGGCGUCUUUGACCUCGACCACAUCCCGCCGAUGCUCUCGCCGGACGACUCGCGGUCCAAGGUCUUCCUCGUCGGCAACUUGUGCAACCACGCGCAUUCGGACAAGGGCAAGUACCACGGCCAGGCGACCGAGGUCGCCCUGAUGAACGCGCUCGCGACCGUCGGCCUGAGCGACCAGCGCCCGUUCUUCCAGCGCAAGGCCGAGGUCGCCUUCUCGUCCGACACCAAGUCGCAGUCGGUCUCGGGCGCCUUCUCGCACGCGCCCGCCGGCACGCCCGACAUGACGUACCUCAGCGGCGCGCUCGAGCCUGUCCUCGCGCGCUGCAGGACCUACCUGCGCAUGGACGGCACGGCGGCGCCGCUCGACCCGGGCGUCGCCAAGCUCGUCGCGUCCAAGGCGCACGACCUGUCGGCGCUCGGGCUCCGCGUCGUCUCGAUGGCGUACGGCGUCGACCCGGACGCGCUCACGUUCGCCGGGUUCCAGGGCAUGAUGGACCCGCCACGGCCGGGCGUCGCCGACGCCAUCUCGAAGCUGUCGUCGGGCGGGAUCCACGUCGUCAUGAUCACGGGCGACAGCGAGCCGACGGCGGUCGCGAUCGCGCGACAGCUCGGGAUCCGGACGACGGGCGGGUCGGGAGGAGGAGCGAGCGGCAGUCGAGCGGGCGUCCUGACGGGCAAGGAGAUCGACCUGUUGAGCCAGCGGCAGCUCGCCGACCGGAUCGGCGGCGUCACCGUGUUUGCGAGGACGACGCCGAGGCACAAGAUGGCCAUUAUCGAGGCGUACCAGAGCCGAGGCGCCGUCGUGGCGAUGACGGGCGACGGAGUCAACGAUGCGCCGGCGUUGCGCAUGGCCGACAUCGGCGUCUCGAUGGGUCGAGGAGGGACCGACGUCGCCAAGGAGGCGGCCGAUGUCAUCCUCGUCGACGACAACUUUGCGACGCUCCUCCCGGCGGUCGAGGAGGGCAAGGGCAUCUUCGUCAAUAUCCAGAACUUCCUGUGCUUCCAGCUGUCGACCGCCGUCGCCGCCUUGUCCCUCAUCACCCUGUCGACGGCGCUCGGGCUCCCGAACCCGCUCAACCCGAUGCAGAUCCUCUUCAUCAACGUGAUCAUGGACGGCCCGCCCUCGCAGUCGCUCGGCGUCGACCCGGUCGACCGCGAGGCGAUGAAGCGUCCGCCACGCCCCAAGAACGCGCCCAUCCUCACGAAGAGGCUCCUGUACCGCGUCGGGUUCUCGGCGAGCCUCAUCAUCUGCGGCGUCUUGUUCGUGCUCGCGCGCGAGCUUGGCGACGGUACCGACCUGCACCGGGAUCAGACCAUGACCUUCACGUCGUUCGUCUUUCUCGACCUCGCGUCGGCGCUGCAGAACCGCGGCCUCAACGUCCCGCUCUUGUUCAGCAACUCGUCGACCAAGACCAACAGCAUGCUGCUCCUCGCCGUUGGCACGUCGUUUGUCGUCCAGCUGUCGCUCGUCUACGUCCCGUUCCUCCAGUCGGUGUUCCAGACCCAGGCCCUCUCGGCGCGCGACUUGGGCGUCCUCCUCCUCCUCGGCGGGUGCAGCAUGGCCGUGCACGAGUGGCGCAGGAGGUACGAGCGCAGGACGCUCGUCGAGGAGGCGUGGACCAACGCGCAGGUGGUUUAGCGCUCCCCUCAUCUUGUGGCUCUCGUACUCGCAUCUUUUGGCAUCGCAUGGGCAAGCAACCAGUCUUCUCUCGUU